AAGCCGCGUUGUUGGCGGGCGGAGCAAAAUGGCGGCGCUGAGCCGGGUGUGGGAACGAGUCGGGGGCCGCAGCUUUUCCCUGCUGCGAGGUUUUCCUUUCCCGCCGCUCCCAAACGCUCUGGAGCCUCUUCCCAGAUCUUCCACCCUCAUCCCGGUCCCAGCGUGGAAUUUCCAACAAAUCCGCGGGAGAACGCGAGGGAACGAAUACCAGCCGAACAACUGGAAGCGGAAAAAGACUCACGGCUGGAUCAAAAGGAUCCGAACUCCCGGCGGGAUCGCCGUGAUCCUGCGGCGGAUGCUGAAGGGCAGGAAAUCCCUGAGCCACUGAGGGACCCGCGGGAAUUCUGCGGGAAUUCUCCAGGAAUUCUGCGGGAAUUCUGCAGGAAUUCUCCAGGAUGAUCCCGCCGAGCCGUGGAGGUGGUGGCCAGCCCUGCUGUCCCUGCCUCGGAGGGGUUUGGGACGCGGUUGUUGCUCCAGUUGUUAAAUGAGUCUCGUAUUUUUUUUUUCCGUAUGUUUAUAUUUUUUUUUGUUUUGUUUUGUUGAUAAACGUGGGAAUGUGGAGUGCGGUUCA